AUGGCACGAGCGCGCCAAAUCAUCUUCCGCAUCUUCUACAGCACCUCGUUUACCGCCGUCUUCUUGAUCCUUGUCAUCAUCGUCUCUGUCACCCCCUCCGACACUAUAUAUGAAUCCUACAAGCGGCGACGCCUAAUCGACAUCUUCCUAAUCGCGGGCGACUACGUUGUUACCGCUCUUCUGGCUGCCCUUAUAUAUGCUUCGCGGCUGUACACAAAUCGGUCGGUGCUUAAGGAUAUACCCAAGACGUACAUGCCCAUUGAAAAGGAGGACUUACCAGGACGGCGAGUGCACAAGCUAAUUCAAGAAUGUUUGGAGAAGAGUGCCGUGAUUGCGUAUCAGGCCCGGCCGAGGAGUCGGAGGAUCGAGCAUGACACGAUCAUUAUGGGGACGAGGAUGCUUGCAUUGACAAAGACGCAGACCAAUACGGACCAGAAUGCAGAGCCAACUUGGGGAAAGGUAGCGCAUCCUGGGUGGUCAUCACCUGCUUCCAAGGAGUUGCCGGGACUCGAGUAUUGCACAGUCGUGGAUGAGUUGAUUGAUUUGAUUGAGGCGAAGGCUGUAAGUCUAGCGCCCCUUGAUCCGCGUAUGCAACCUGAUCCAGAUGGCAUACCGGUGCCUGAUCCCCGGGUCAUUGAUCGGCUGGCCCGCAACGGAAAUAUGGGUAUGAGAGCAUACCUUCAAUAUCUGAUUGAUAUUGGCGUGGUACCGGAUAAUUCCCUAACAGUGGCAUUUCUCGCGGCGUACGAGCGAGCCCGAUUUUCAUCCACGCCGCUGAACGACGAAGAUUUCCAGAGCUUAAUGCGCAUGUUUGCCGAACUGCUCCGCAAUAUGAACCCCGUCGAUGUUGAAAUGCUCGAUCUCGAAGAUGACUCUGAAUACCCGUCUCAAUCCGAAACCUCCAGCUUAAUCCAUCGGAGGACGCCAUUCCGCUCUCCUCACACAGACGCGGAAACCUCCUCCGUCGCGUCCACCUAUUCAGCUUCCGGCUCCGUACGCCACCACAAACUACCUCCGCGCCGUGUCUCAGAAGAUUCUGCGCCUUCCCUCUCUUCCUUUGAACGAGAGCAAGACCAUUUCACGCACCGCCCAUCAUCAGAACCCGAUACCAAAGCGGACGUCCACGAUGUUGAUGGAGAUGGUGCCACUGAUACGCACCUCCGCCCGGAACGCACUUCAGUCUCGCCGUCUCGCUCAAGACAGAGGCCCGGGCCUUCGACAGCAGGAUCGAGUUCGAGGAUGUUCUCUGCGGUGUCACGACUGAGCUCCCGUUCUGAUGGAUCUGAUUUCGGAUCUGGAGAAUCGAACACUGGGUCCGUUGUCCAUCAUGAUCUCACGCGACAAUCCACGAGAAGUUCGCGGAGAAGUGGUAGGAGGGGGAAUCAGGUUCCCGUUAUCCGACUUGCAAGCGAAGAAGAUGGAGACGGUGUGAAUGGAUUGCCCUACCGAAUCGAAAUCCCCCCAGGACGGUAG